AGCUGUGAAACAUUCGUAUUCGCAACUCCGACAAGGCGGAACAAAACGAAAUCCUGGCGUACUGAUUUAAUAUUGGCCAAAGCGCUGAAUUAUGAAAGGCGUCAAGUCUACACCAUCCGAUUUAAAGCAACUGAUGGCAAAUCAAAUUCGUAUCUAGAAAGAAAAAUCUACGUGAUGGACGUCAAUGAUAAUCCACCAUUUUUUAACGACUCGGUGACCAAUGCAACUUUAUCUAUGUCGACUCCAGUGAAUACACUAGUCAAACCCUUAAUUGUCGCUCUUGAUGUGGACAAGAGUAACAAAAUUCUGUCGGUAUCGUGUGUAUCAGAAGCAAUGAACCAGUCAUCAGCAAACUCUGGGUGUGAAAUAUUUGGAGUGAAGACUAUCAAAACUAAUAGCAGUUACUGGGUUGGCCAGUUGGAAUUGUUGAAGCCUCUCGUCUAUGAUGAACUACAGACUACCUAUUACGUCACCUUAAUGGCAUAUGAUGGUCAGUUUAAUUCGACUCCGACUACCGUAGCUGUCAUUGUUGAACCAAUUCCUACUCACUUGUCUUACGUACCAAAACCAAAGCUAAAUCAGAAUGUGACAGUAAAAUGUGACUUCGCCUUCUCGGGUGAAUUCAAUGAAACCACGAUUGAAAUACUGCGUGCCAAUAUCUCCGUCUUAACUUACUCACCAGAAACUAAGACCCACAAGUUGUCCGGCAACAAUGAAGCCACCAAGCUAAAAGAAAUCAAAUCCCAUCAAGUGGGACACCAUGGUUAUUUAUCGUUCAAGAUUAACUUGAAGAGCUGUCAUGAGAAUAAUAUUACCUGUCAGACAAGGGAUGUCGAAGGCAAGCUUCACUCCGUCAGCCAUGACUUGCUGACACACAACUUUAUUCCUUCAGUCAAGAUAAACCGAGGUACGUGCAUCAGGUUAAAACGGGGCAGCGCGCGAGUGGUGUGCACAGGGUACAGCCAAGAAAUGACAACAACAUUGAAGUGGUAUCUCACCACUGACGAAGGAGACUAUAAAGAAACCAACGGCGUGGAAACGAUAGAUUCUCCUCCCAAAUAUGAUUAUACCAAAUGUGUCUAUGUACAAAAAAGCACGAUCGUAUUGGAUUAUAAAGGCAAACGACGAAAUGCGAAAUGUGUGAUGGUUUCAGAAGUCGCUAACAGAAAGGUUGAAUUAGUCGAUGAUGUUUUCAGUGUUGGAAAUGAAGUGCCACCCGGAAAGUUACAAAUGGUUAAAAAAUGCACCGGGGUUCGUAAAGGCGCCGUGAAAAUCGUCUGCUUCGGAGAUGUAGGCCAUCCAGCCGGCAAUCUCAGGAUAUUCGAAGUAAACGAGGCUAACUCAAGAAUAUAUCAAGUAACCGGAGACGAAAUGGAGAUUAAAGAACCAAAAUAUAUUAUGAUUCGUGCACUUACUUCGGCAGUGUCUCCUUUUUGCACACCAAAAACAGGCGGUCAACGACGACAUAUAUUUGUAAAACACAAGUGUUGAUCGGCGAUUCGGUUAGACAAACGGAGACAAAAUUCCAAGUUCGACCUACAGAUUUCUUGCCGGCAAGAAAGAGCCAGAUGGCAAAGCUUCGGAGCAAGUUUUGCAUUCAGCUUUUAUAUUACUGCUAAUAUUUUGGUUUAAUUUUUUCACAUCAUUCUAGUUAUCAAAAAAACUGAAACACUCAUUCCUGUCUUCUUUCCUUUAAAAUCAUUAUUAUCAAAAAUAAAAAAUAGAAUUAUUAUUA